AUGUCAAGACUCGUGGCAGCCAUCGUUGCAGCAAUUUCAUUGCCAGCCCACGCCUUUCAUUCCAUGACUCCUGUCCCACGGAUCGCCUUGAAGGAUUUUGACGCCGAGUCGUCCUAUCAAGAUCGGCCCUUGAUCAUUGAAACUGGACUGGAUGUGGAACCCCUAUGCGACAAUCUCAUGGAAAGAGUUGCAGGCCAGAUCAUUACACUACAGCAGACAAAACGCAUCUACAAGAAACCAAAAACUACAAACACGAAGAACGAGUAUAAGCCCAAGAGCAAAAAGAAACAACACCGAGCGGCAAAGCAAGACAAAUCCAAAGAAACCGUCGAGAAGGAGACCAAAUUGUACAACCUUUCUAUGGGACAAGCGAUUGAUUUGGUCAUGAGCCAGUCCAACCACGACAAUAGCUUGUUUUCCUUCUGCGAAGGCUUGUUAGACGAUUUGGAUACUUCCGAAGGAGUAGUAGACUAUUCUGGCAAAUUCGCCCUCGGCAAACAAAAUGUGGAUUGGUUCGAUUUGUUUCCACCUCACAUCCAACCAAGUGACUGCGUCAUUUUGGCGGGAGAGGGAGCCUCCUCUACUUUGCACCGGGAUCCUUUUGAAUGGACGGGGACCAGUCUGUGUUUGGAAGGGACCAAAGUUUGGCGCUUUUUGGAACCCCACGACAGUAGUGCUCCCGACGAAGCUGGGGUCGACAGUGUCGACAAGCUUCUCAAAUCCUAUCGGUUACCUUCAACAGCUUGGGAAGAGGGAGAGACUUUCUUGAGUGCUGGUUGGCAAAGCGACUUUAAUCUAUACGAACGUAGACACGAAUCCAUUCCUAGUGCUCGCGAGCUUGGAGAAAGCGGAGAAGAAGGCCAUCAUCAACAGUUGGAAGAGAUUGCCCAAAACUUGUCUCUGCUCAAGCCUAAUUUUGAUUCCAGCAAGUGUUCGUGCUGGACAGUGGUGCAAAAGCCCGGAGAUCUGCUGUUGAUACCUGCUCAUUGGUGGCACCAGACCUAUGCAUUAGAACCAAGCUUGGCAGUAUCUUCACAACGGUGUGUUUCCAAGUUGGAUGCUGCACGUGUCAUUGAGCACAUUCUAUCAGCAACAGAUACGAUGGACGAAGCACCAGAUGCGCUGUUACAACGCGACUAUUCCGAUUUGCAAGCAGAAAAAGAAAUUCAAGAGGUCAUUGAUGCCUUAUUUGAUCAUUUAGAUUCCACCCUAUCCGUGUGGGACGGUGAAGGGGGCGGCGAACGAUGA